AUGGCUUUCCAUAACGCAACCCAAGCAGUCCUGGCAGCUGCCUCCCUUGGUGGAGCCAGCCAAGCCAGAACUGUCGUAGGUGGUCCAAAAGGUUGGUGUCCUGGCGUCAACUACACCGAAUGGGCCAUCCAAAACCAACUCUUCUACUACGGAGACGCAUUAGUUUUCAAGUACAGCCCAAUGCAAAAUGACGUCGGGGGACACAGUGUUUGGUUGCUCCCAGAUCUUUGGAGGCCUUUCUAUUGCGGUAGCAGUGAAGGUGACGGGGGCUUCGAUUGCGGAGUUUCAGAGAUGAAGUUCAUGGUGGUGCCAUGGCUGCGACUCCAUUGCUGA